AUGAACCUCUCCAGACCCCCGGAUCGGCCACUACAGCUCCACAUCGACGGAUCAGACAACCCGAACAGGGUCUACUCCAAUAACGAUGUAGUCAGCGGAGUAGUCAAGGUCGACACCCGUCAGAAGAUCGAAAGCGUCUCCAUCAGCUUCUCAGGAACCGCCACAGCCCGCCUAACACGCAUCCACGCGAGCGGCAUAGGAAGCGCGCACCAAACCUGCGAAGGCCGCAGCACGCUCUUCCGCUACCACGAGCGCCUCUUCGAAACGGGCAACAGCAACGCCGCGGCCAUCGAAUCCUACGCCGCCAACCGCGACGGGCCCUUCGUCUCCUUCCCCUUCCGCUUCCGCUUCCCCUCGACCGCCCAGUGCCACGACACGUCCUCCCGUCGCGGCAUGAACAGCCUCGAGCCCAACCCGAACUUAGAACGCGAUCCGGGCCACCCGCUACCCCCCUCCAUGUCCGCCGAAGUCGACACGCACUACCAGUCCAUCCAGUACCUCGUCGAAGCCCGCAUGACCACCACCGCCCUCAAGAUCUUCUCUGGCUCGAAAGAAGACAGGGAGAUGAUCCGCUUCGUCCCGUCGUGCCUCAACUCAUCCGCCGCGGAGGCGCCGAACUUCAUCGAGCGCGCCGUCACCCUCACGCGGCACAGCAAGCAACUCGACCCAUCCUACGAACCGCACGGAAAGCUGCGCGAGAAGCUGAAGGAAGUCCUGCCCGCCUCGUCAUCCGACCCGCACGCGUCUUUCACCGUCGUCACCCGCGCCCCCGCCACCACCCGCAGUGGCGCCCAGGAGCUGCCGAUCUUUUUCAGCAUCACGCACGGCGAGCGCAGCCCCGAGCUGCUGGCGCCGCCGGAGUUGUGUUUGAAGGGUUUCCGCGUCGCGCUGACUGCUGUCGACAAGGCACGUGUGAAGUAUACGGGGUUGCAGGGCAGCGAGAUCACGGGGCGGAGGAUGCAUGAAAUCACGCUGGUCGAGCGGCGGUGGGGGGAGGCGGAGGACGGCCCGCCGCAGCUCGACGCGGGAGGCGAGGAGGUGGCGCUGGCGUCGUUGGCGGAGGAGGGGAAGGUGGUGGUGUCGAAGGGGGUGCGUCCGACGUUCAAGACGUAUGGGCUGGCGCGGUCGUAUGCGUUGCGGGUGAAGCUGUGGAUCGAGUGUGCGGGGAAGACGUUUGAGGUGGAGGGGGCGGGGCAUGAGAUCUUGGUGCUGCCGUGGCCGGAUUUGAGGGGGGAGGGAGAAGGCGCCGCGGUGGAGAGAGAGCAGGAUGAGAUGGAGGAAGGGGGCGCGCCGCCGCCGUAUGAGGCGGUGCAUGAUGGACCGAGUCCGAUGGGAGGCUUUUGA